AUGUCUUAUCGUGAGGUCGAGGCAAAAAUCUCUAAUGUCGCUGCUGGUUUACGAGAUAUAGCGAAUGGCGACGACCACAAGGUGGUCAUCUUUGCCGAAACGCGUGCUCAUUGGUUAAUCACAGCUCUAGCGUGUUUCCGCACAAAUAUACCCAUCGUCACAGUAUAUGCUACCCUCGGUGAAGACGUGAGAAUUGAUGAAACUGGAUCGACGAUUUUGGUGACAUCAGCAGAACUGCUGGGAAAAAUCAAUAAUCUCGGAAAACGUUGUCACUCUUUACGCACGUUGAUCUACUUCCCACCAGUGAACAAAGAGGCACCUGCUCCAGAUUUGUCGCCAUUCAGGUUCUGA